UGCUCUCAGUUGCAAAUGGCGACAAAUUUUGGGCUCGCCCCUUGUUUCAACGUCACGUCACCAGUCAGUGGCACCACUCACCAUCCAUAUAAAGAACUCCCACCCGCUCUCAUCUUCUCCAUCCAAUCAUCACUUCAGUUCAACACACCAUCAGAAGCACAAGAUCGAACGGCAUCAAGUCUGAAGAUGAGCUCGACGAGCAGAGCGUGGGUCGUCGCCGCCAGCGUGGCCGCCGUGGAGGCCCUCAAGGACCAAGGAUUCUGCCGCUGGAACUACACCCUCCGCUCCAUCCACCAGCGCGCCAAGAAUCGGGCCGUGUCCUCGUUUUCUGAGGCCAGCAGCAGCAAGAAGCGAUCUCCUCAGUCGUCGACCGCUGCGGCGGCUUCGAGGAGGCUAGCGGGAGAUGCGGAGGCGAGGCGGUCGGAGGAGUCGAUGAGGAAGGUCCUGUACUUGAGCUCUUGGGGUCCCAAUUGAGGUUCUCCGAAUAAGUAGAUUAGGUCGAGAAGGAAACCGAAGUUGGUUGCUUAGAAUGGAUGUAAAUUAUAAAUACAUGCUGCAAUUACAGCAGACAAUAUAUAUUACGUGAAAGGACUUUCCCAUUUGCACUUA